ACGGUCAGUUUUUUGUGAAAUUAUGUAAUAUUUUAUUAGGGUAUAUCUGUACUUUUCGUCCACCGCUGUUUACUACAAGAGCUCUUUUUGAAUAUUAAAUACCAGAAUAUGAAAUAUCCAUGGCAUUUGUCCACUAAGCCCGGAAAAAAGGCUUUUUGACUUAAAUUCAUUCAGCUAAAAUUAUAAAGUUGCAUGGAAAUCCGUUUCUUCCCGAUAGCGAUCAUUUACCAGAUUCUCUAAGUUCAGAGAGAGGUCAGCUUUUUAUCUCUAAUCAUAAACGGAUGUAGCCUACGCCAGUGGUGAGUAGGCUAAUGUGUGAAGAUAAAUAAAGAGACAUACUCAUAAACUUUUGUACAUUCCUUCAUGCUGGAAUCGAAAACACUUUCUGAAAUCUCAAGGGAUCUGUAUUUCUAUUAUCAAAAUGUGCAAAGCUACAGAUCUCUUAAUCAUCCUAUUCACUGAACUGUGCUCAAUGUGACUGUUCUUGAGGAGCGAUCAUACUGAAUCUAAGAAGACCCUGGGAAGCAAACUUUUGUGAGCUCUUUCACAUGCAAAAUGAUAAACCACUGGGUCAUUUUAGCCGUCUACGUUGUGACGUUUCUAAUCGGCCUGCCAGCCAAUCUACUGGCCAUAAGCACCUUCAUUAAGAAACUCAGUGACAAACCCAAUCCGAAUGACAUCCUGCUCUUCAACCUGACAGCUUCCGACUUGGUCUUCCUGCUCUUUCUACCAUUCAAGAUGUAUGAAGCUGCCGCUGGAAUGAAAUGGUACUUACCCCAGGCCCUGUGCUCAAUCGCCUCCUUCUUCUUUUUCACCACGAUUUACACCAGCUCCCUGUUGCUCAUGGCUAUAGCUGUGGAUCGCUACUUAGGACUAGCUUUUCCGAUCAAAUACAGACUGUUGCGCAAGCCGCUUUAUGCCACGGCAGGCAGCAUCCUCAUCUGGCUGGUCAGUAUCGCCCAUUGCACCAUCGUAUUCAUCAUUGUCCAUAUGCCAUUGCCGAACGGCACCAAAACCCAACCUGUCUGCUAUGAGCAUUUCACCGAGAAGCAAAAGAAGAUCUUGUUACCAGUCCGUCUUGAAUUUUUUGUGGUUAUUUACAUACUACCGCUUUUAGUUUCUAUCUUCUGCUAUAUUAAGUGCAUCUACAUCCUGUACACCAGGCCUCACAUAGCCAAAGUGAAAAAGCAAAGGGCCAUUGGCAUGGCAUUGUGCACGCUGACCAUCUUUUUACUCUGUUUUCUGCCCUACAACACGUCCCAUCUGGUGGGUUUCAGCAGCAACGAAAGCCCGUGGUGGAGGUACUACACGCUCCUGCCCAGCACGCUCAACACCUGCCUGGAUCCGUUCGUCUUCUACUUCUCCUCCUCAACUUUCCGUGAAAGCAAAACCAUUGCUUUACUCAAGUCCUGGUGUUGUAGACACAAGAAAACUAAAAAGUGUGAAACUGAACUGAAGAUAAUAUCAAAAUGAACAGAUUUAGCAUUUGCAUGGCUUCAUGCGAAUCACAAGGUGUCCACCAAAGCGUUUUUCCCCAGAGUCUAGCGUAUUUUUCCAAUUGUUUUCAAUGCCACAUUUUUAAAAUGCCAAGAGGGGUAAUGAGGCGCUGAACGUAUCUGCAUUUUUUACCAGUCGCCGAGAGUUGAAAAAUGUUAUUAGGCCGUGUGUCCUCCAAAGCGUUUUCAGCCAGCCAUUUUAUUUAUUUAUUUUUUUUUUUCAGUUGAGAUGCUUUGCUUGCUAUGAUACGGAAUAUCCGUGGAAGUGUUACUAGAAAAUGUCGAUACAAUGUAAAGUUUUUGCUCUGGCUCUUGCUUUAAAUAAUUUUUUCCGUUAUUAUGUUUGUUGUUGUCAUCUGUUGACAUUGUACAAGCAGAAUGUGGUGGUUGGUUGGUGUUGUAUUUGUCCCGCCUCUCCUCUACUGUGAUUGGACGGCUGGGUAAAAAGUGACAGUGAUGAGCACUGCGUUUUACCAAAGACUAUAGACCUUAUUUACCAGAGA